AGAAAUUGUUUUCGGUUUUGCUUCUUCGUGUUAACAUAAAAAAAACGUAUGAAAUUUAAGAAAAUAUAUACACACGUACAAUAAAAUAAAAUAUACUAAAAUAUAUACUGACGUAAAGUAUCUAUAUCGAUUUGUAAAAAGAAAAUAUAGGUAUUUAUUGCCAAAAACAUAAUGGUUUUUUUUUCUUUUUAUGUUUCGUGAAACACGAUGGUUGUAUUACCUAUUCGCAAGUCCUAUUCACCUAAGUAGGUAAGUUUAUUCGUUAUUUUUAUAACAAAACUCGUGUAAUAGUUUAAAAUAGAAAAAAUUGAUAUUUAUGAAGAUUGUGUACGAUAGUAUAUAAAACAUAAAUUACCUACCUAUUUUAUCAAUUAAUUAAAAUAUGCAUCGUAGUUUUUGCCGAAUUUUCUCCGAAAAUAGAGAAUAUUCUAGUGUAUUGUUGUGCAUUAUGUAAAUCGUUUUCUUGCUACUUUCGAACAUCUCUAGUCGCUCCCUCCUGUCCAAAUAAGCUCAAACUAGGGAAUUAAAGUCGUUUUGUAGGUUGAUUGAAGUAAUAAAAGGUGGGUUGGACCAUGUCACUAUGUUAUUAUUUAUUGCUGGUGGAGGGUAGUUUUUUUUAGCUUUGUACACCUCUAGCCAAAUGAAGCCAGGAAGAUAACAUCUUGUAUGAACAUGGAGUUAUAGUAUCAAGGAUAUACAUUUCUAGGAUUUUAACUUUCAACGCCCACCUCUAACAUCUGUAUGAUCGAUUUUUACAUUUUUUUUUUUAAAUUAGUGAAAUCGUAGUAGAUACCUAUAAACAAUAGUAUGGAGUUGUAAUAUUAUAGUAAUAUUAGGUUAAUCGGUUAUUUAUAAUUUUGAAAGAAUAUCAAUUCUUUUAUACAAAAUAUUUAUGGGGAAAUAAUUCCAUAUAGUGUCGGAACUCUGUUGCUAGCGGGAUUUUUUUUUUCAACACGAAUCGAUCAUUUUAUCAUAGCCGUUUUUUUCUUUAUAAAUCAUUUUAAACAAAAUUUGAAAUACCUACCUAAUUAUAAAAAAACGGGGCAUUUUACAACAAAAAAAAAAUAAUAAUUUUUUACUAUUUUAUAUGAGAUUUGUUUUUAGACGUAGGUAAUUUUAUUAUCAAUCGUAAAUAUAUAACAGUAUAGGAUAGACUAUUAGGUAAGAAUAAAGUUGAAUUUGACAUUUACCAUAUACAAUACAUAUUCACAGUCAUGUAUUACUAAAAUAAUCCGCGGGUAUACGCCUUAUUCACGUAUAUAUAUGUGAAGAUCUAAAUGUAGGGUCCAGAAGAAGCUUAUGGUUUUACAAAGAUAUUGAUUUACUUAUUUGUUUUUUUAUCGAUGAGCAACUUUUCUACCAGAAAUCUUGCUCCGAUUUACAAUGAUAGCAUUUUUUCUGAAAGUAAAUUGGACUGGGGAGGUACUUAGGGAGGUCAUUUUUUGAUUUUCUCAUCAAAUGUGAAAAACCGAAAAUACGGCGCAAAAACAGGAAAAUGUACGAAAUAUAUUAAAUAAAUGGAUAUAUUACAUUUGAAUGAACACGAUUGAAUAUAUUAUAAUAAUAUAUAUUGUUACAGUAAUAAUGUUACCUACUUAAUGAUGUUUUUAAUAAUUUUUAAAAUUUUACUUUAAACAGAUACCUAAUCAAUUUCUAAAAUGUUUUAAUUAUAAUAUUAAAUCAGAAUAAUAAUACAAUUUUUUUUAAAACAAAAAUUUCCUAAUUAACUUAAAAUUAAAAAGUAUUUUGUAUUUUCAAUAUCCAAAUUUAAUGUAUAUUGUAUUUUGUUUUUGAAAUACACAAAGUGAUUUACUAUAUCUAUCCCUGUAUACAAAACUGUAAUUCCGACAAUCAUGAAAAAAACUAAAAUAAAAAGUACCUAAUUCUAUUACGAACUGGUUAAGACGUAAAUACAUGACUAUAAACUUAUAAAUGUAGCGGGAAAAUUGGAAAAAUGGGGUCCUCGAAAAUUUGACUAUAAUUUAAAUUAUUUAAGAACUCGGUGAUUUGUUUUCCCUCUGAAACAAACUGGACUGGCCCAGUGGUUAACUACUUGAGGAUAGUGGACCGGUGUCCUUGGUUAAGUUAUGGGCCGGUGCCAAUAAAAGGUCAUGAUGGACUAUAGAAAACAAUGAGACAAAAACCACUCACAUUUAUAUUUAUUUUUAAUACAAAAAUAGAAACAAAUAUAUAUUUAUAUUUCAUACAUGAUUGGUGGUGCAGUGGUUAGAUUAUAGGUUAAAGAUCGAUUGGUCCUAGUUCAAAUCCUAAAACUGUCAGAAAAAGUUGGAAUUUUUUCCAGUUAUAGUUGUAAUGUUUCCUCUAAAUUUUAUAUUACAAUGCAACGUUUAGUUAAAUCUUAAAUGUUGACCCAUACAAUGUUUGUUGAAAGGUUUCUGAACUUUUAUAAUACCUGUAAUCAAAUUUAAUGAGUAUUAAAGGUUUAAACAAAUGUUAAACAUUUCUUUUUAAAGUUUUAAUAAUUAUUUAAUCAAUGUUAACAUGUUUAUUGGGUACCUAAUAUACUUACUCGUAUUUAAGUAACAUGCUAAAAAUAGGUACCUGCUUAAACAGCAAAAAUUGAAUUAAGCUGCCUUUAUAUCUGGGAUAGUGGGCUUGCGCUAAAUUUUUGUAUUUUUAGCCAAAACGACGAUUCUCAAAUACAAAAUUUUCAUCCCCUCUUCCCCAACGGCAUUUGAACCUUUAUACAUGCAUUUAUUAUAGACAUUCGGUAUACUAUAUAAAAUAAAUAUUAUAUUUUGUAAAUAUAAUGUAUUUCGAAAAUCAGCCGAUAUAAAAUAAAAUAAAGUCUAUAUCUACUCUAAAUCACUCAUCUUGUUUCCUUUAUUUCUAGAUAUACCUAAUAAUUGGUAUACUGCAUACCUACGAUUACCACUACCUAGAUAUCACUGCAAUAUUUUAAACGUGGCGAAAAAUAACACAAACUUUUAAGGUAUGCAGUUUCAUUUAAAAUUAGUUUUAGUUUCUGAGUGAAGCGAGGAUUGACGAAUGUAUUAGUUUUAUUAUUAUAAUAUGUGUAUUUAUUGAGUUUGUAAACAACUUUUCUACCAGAAAUAUUAUACAAAUCAAGAACUUUUUAUUAACUUUCUGGUAGGAUUUUUGAUCUAGUUGAUUAAUUAGAUCUAUGUAGGUCAUUUUUCGAUUUUCACUAAUGUAGUUUUUUUUUUUUUAAUUCAAUAAUUUUUCGUAUAAUUUUUGUUAAGUUCUGGAACAACCUGACAAUUAGGGAAAAAUUACGACCCGUAAUACUCUGCUUCGAAUCGUUUUUUGUUAGCAAUGGUUUAUCGUUACGUUAUUGAAAUACAAAUUGAAUUGUUUUAUAUAUUCGCCCUUCCGAUAAUAUCGGUCAUUUUUUCAUGGUAAUGUCAAUUUGUAUUAGACGCUAGACCGAACGGUCUGAUAAUAUUAAAAUUUCAGUCAGGAAACGGUUAUGCCGGAGCCAGGAAGUAGUCCAAGGCUUCCAGCAUAACUUUUAAAAACUUAAUAAAUACCUGCAACGUCGAAAACUAAAAAUGUUUUCAUGUCCAUAAGUACCUAUAGGAAAAUCAAAUUAAAAAGAAAAACAAGUAUAAAACAUUUAUUUUUAUUUUCGUUUGUACGUACAAUUAGGGUAUACAAAAUGGAACGGCCCCGGGCCGCUGUUUUUAAUAAUCCAGUUCCGAGUGAUGCUGUUAUGGGUGUGUAAUAAAACAGUCCGACCGUUGGAGAUCAUACCCACCAGCAUUAUUACCAAACAAAACCUAACAGCGGGACAAUGGAACAGUCUGUUGACGAUGACUGUUCGAUUAUAAACGUAUUGGACUUGGCGGCGCCGCCGUCCGGUCAGACCGCCGGACAACCGUCGACGUCGGCAGACAGCAGGACGUUGACGGCGCGUCGAGCGUGCAAAUCGAUGACGCUCGAAGAAGCGGACGUCAUGACCGCCCGAAAACGUUUCGCCGAAAUGACAGCGAAUUCGCGCUAUCGCUGGUCGGACGAUUCGUCCAACUGCCACGAAAACGGGAGCCAUUGCUGGCCUGACGACGUGUCCAACGCUACCGCCGAAGACGGGAGCCGUCGCUGGCCGGACGACGUGUCCAACGCUACCGCCAAGGACGGGAGCCGUCGCUGGACGAACAGCUCCAACGUCGCCGCCGAGGACGGGCGCAAUCACGGAUCAUCCGCCGCCGAAUACGGGCCCUAUCGUUGGUCGGACGAUUUCAACGCCGAUUACAGACGGUACCGCUGGUCAGACGAGUUCAACCCGAAGUCCACGGACAGCACCGAGGCGUCGACCGUGGACUUCGACACGGCAUCGUCGGUGGCGGUAGACGCGCCCGCGACAUUGACCGCACACGUGGCGCCCUCGUCGGCGGUACAAUUCACCAAUGCCCACACUCCGGGCGUCCGCCCGAACACGCGUUUGGUCGGGGCGUCGGCGAUGUUAGCGGCGGCGUCGGCGUUCACCUUCGCUCCGGCGGAAUUGCACGGAGCGCUAAACGAAAACGACUUCGGCCACCCGCAUACUCCGCCCAGUGACGUCCCUGGAUCCACGAACCGGACGCAAAGGGACAAUAAUAAAGACGGUCCUUCGAUAUGGACGAGGUCCAAAGAAUGCGUCACUAACUGUUUUGUCAACGCGAUCAGGCGAGUGUGCUUUUGCGAGUGGUGAUCGCUAACCGCGAUUUCAGUGGACUACGUAUGCAACAAUCAAUGUAUAGGUACUUCGUAUGUAUAUGUGUUCGAAAUUUCCGCCCGAUUGCAUCGGGAUCGGCUGCCGCGCCCUGCAUUACAUUCAUUUCCCCCUGUAUGCUAUGCAAAUGCGUCUCAAAAAAAUGUACCAAAUAUUAUUAUACUCUGCAGUUGGCUACGGAUUCGUUGUCCGACUCACCGUAAACCCUCCAUAAUAUAUACCCACCUACAAUACCUAUGUUCGUAAUUGACAUUCAAUAAUUAUGAAUGCUACUGCCCUUGUCCCUCCACAUAGAAAAGUAUAUAUAAAAAAAAAAACAUGUAAGUAUUGUGUAAAAACAAAGAAAACAUAGGUAAGCCAUGUCUGUUACUUCUAAAAUUCGAUACCUGUUAAGAAAAAAAAUAUAAAAAACCGUUUCUUAAUUUUCGGUUCGCAAAUAAGGGCUGCGAUGAAUAUAUAUGUUUUGAUAAUUAAGGUUUUUCAAGUGAUUUGGUCGCAGUGUCGGAUACAGAGAUGGGGGGGUCUCGCCCCGCAGACUAUAGACUGUAAAAAUGGUUUUACUUUCACAAAUAAUUGUUUUACGCAUAUGCGUAAAAGCUAUAAUGGUAUAAGUCACAUUAAUGCUAAAUUUAAAAAAACAGCAUACAAAUAUUGUGCUGCCAUCUAGUUGUAAUGAUUGUUAGUUACGAUUUUAAUAAACGCGUGAAUCAAUUUUAACGAAAACUGUGGCUAACCCUUCAUAAAAUAAAAGAUUUUCAAGGAAAAGCAGAUCGAUGAAUCUAUUGAUUGUACUAGGUUUCUUUUUUUGUUUUCUCAGUCUGUGAACAAAUUUUUAUCAGGAAUCGUAUUCCAACCAAAAAAUUAGUUAGCAAUGGUUUAUCCAUUGCUUAUGUGUGUCCUAUCUUCUCAAUUUUCCACUUAUAACAGUGGCUGCACUCAUCCCCAGUUUCAAUUUUUUUUUGCUUAGUAUUAAUUGUUUUUAAGAGGCUCCCUCUUCACAAAAUUCAACUCUGAAACUGCCACAAUUUGUUCGAAACACUCGCGUUCGGGUAAAAAUAACGCGAUAGAUUUAACAAAUAGGUAGAUAAGUCCAAUGUUGUAACGAAGCGAGAAAAUAUAUAGCGGAGUCGCACAGUGGAAUGAAACUCAUUCCUAGCUUGCCGAAAGUCAAUUUUUGAAGUGUUUUUCAUUCGUCAAUUAUCAUAAAUUAUUUUUCCCUACUACAUUUGUAAUAUAUUUCUAGUCUCUAUAAUAAUUUAGAGUAACAUAUCCACGAAUUACACGAACUUGACUGCCUAAUAUUAUACACAUUUGCUUAAUAUUUAAUUUGAUAAUAAGCAACUUUGAUGUUUAUUUUUAAGAAUUUAUCCCACUGCAAUC